GAUUAUGAGAGGGCGCUGUUUGUAUUGUGAUGAUGCUACAGUAGUUUCUGCUAAGAGAUUCCACGGUGUUAUUUCCUACUCCCACCACUGCUAUUGCUACAUCUUGCUUGUCACUCCCAUCAUCUGAGUCUCUCUCAGAUAAAUAUUCUGUUACCAGUGUUGCCUACCAUCAUUGCAGCCUCAGCAACGCAUAUAUGCAUAUGUAGCAUAGGAGAGAGCGUGCGUGAGCGCUGGCGCGUCACUGAUGGACAACUCUACCUGACUUUGGCUUUAUUAUACAAGAGAAAACGGAAAGGAAGCACCGAGUAUAUAUCUAUCUAUCGACCUAUCGAUAUAUAUAUAUCUAAGGAAAAGGAAUUACACGCAAAAAGGUGGGGGAAGAAGAAAAAAAAACAAGCAACAACUUAAAAAAAAAAACGAAGAAUAAAAAUCUACUCUACUCACAUGUGGAUAUGUAUCUAUAUAAUACGGAUCAACCCUGUUUCAAAUCUACGUUUUGGAUGUUUGCUCUAACUAGAUCGAAAUCAAUGUCGAAGAAAACUUCUAAAACGUCGCCUUCUUCAUCACCGCUGUCCUCCGCGGCUGUGGUGAAGGAGGCAACUGACAGUUGGAAAAGCCGUAGUAAUCGUAACAAUAACAAUCGACACCAUCAGUUACAAUAUUCAGCCAGUCACUUGGGCUGUAGUACAAGUAUAAGCAGUGGUGCUAGUGGUCCCAAGGUAACUAAGAAAUCGGCUCACUCAACUAUUGGUGGCAAUCCUACAUCUAUGACGUCCUCAAAGACUAUGAUUGAUGGCAGCGGUGUGGCAGUUAAUGAAGCUAAUCUUGGUUUUCUUGGACGGCUGAAGAGAAAGUUUAGGAUCCAUACCAACAAAGGUAGUUACAGUCUUUGCCAGGAAAAUUUGUCAAACAAUAGCCAUUAUAUGGCACGUAGUGAGAGCGAAAUAUAUGACAAUAAUCAUCACGCAGGACUUACUUGGAAAGAAACUAAAUUACGUUCAGAAAGCUUACCCCGCACACGACAAAACCCGUUUUCGACUGUGAAAAAGACACCGCAUCGGCAGAAUUCUUCUUUCUGGGGAAGACAUUUCCCAGAUAACCAAAAUAUUGUAGACCCAUCAUGGCUCACUGAAGAAUCCGACGAGGGGCAGUGUCGCCCAUUGUUGAAUGAAUCAGGUGAAGUAAGGAAUGAUUUUUUGAGCUUGGAUGAGUCUGCAAUUGACUUGGAUAAUGAACCUGCAACUAACGAUGUCUUGAAUGAUGAACCAGGUUAUGAAAGCUUGGAAGAAAUCAAAUUAAAAAUGCAGUUAAAUCAAUUAAAACAUUCUUCUGUUUCUACUGUUCUUGAAUGCCCUGAAACCCCUGAUACAAAUGACUUAUGCUGCAAUGGGGUUUCAUUACAAGUUAAGUCCUCCUUGUUAUCUUCAGCAUUACCAAAGAAUGGCCAGCUCAAAAAUGCAGACCAUAUUAAUAAAAACUGUCAGAAUGGAACAGAUAACAUGUGUGAAUGUACCAAAAAUUUGGAGCUACAUCCUGCGGAAUGUAAUAAUGAUAACAAACUUGUGUACUACUGUGAUGAAAGGAUGUCACCUCCUCCUGCCUCGUUAGCAGCAACGACACUACAGUCUUUAAAUUGUUGCCGUGGUAGGCAGACAGCAGAGAGUGGUGCAUCAAAAAUAUGUCUGAAUUUACCAACUUUGCAAUUCUCGUGCCCUUCAAGAAAUCCUUCAGUUGAUGAUACAAGUCCGGAUUCAUCUGAUCUGUUUUCUGAUGAACUCUAUGCAAAUCCCCAAAUCCUUAUCCGCAAAAAGUCCCGAUCAAAACAAUCAUUUCAAGAAUCUGAUCGAACAAGUAAAGGUUCUACAUAUGAAGGAAUUGCAACAGGUGCAAGUGAUUCAAAUGGCAAUUCAAAAGAGAACAACGAACAAGACAUGUCUCCAAAAGAAACACAAACUGACUUGGCACCACCAUUGCCUGCUCGAAACUAUCGCCCUGAUGAGAAAGGAGACCCCGAGAAAUGUGAAUCCUUUAGCACUUGGUGUAAUGACUAUGCUAAAGGAACCUCAAUGGUGGAAAAUACAUCAUCCGGGACACCUUUCUUCAACAACCUGUGUUUACCUGAAACUUCUCUCCCACUGCCUCCCUCAGAUGUUCCUCCCCCACUCCCACCAGAUAACCGAAAGUCAGUGUUUGCUGGUAGUAGUAGUUCAAGUGAUAAAGUGAGUGCUAAUGUGAUAAAUCCAAUGACUAAACUUCGGCUGAAUGAACAGCCUUCACUGGCAGCAUCUUCUUUAGAGCAGUUGUUGCAAGAAUCUUCAGUUGCUCCAUCUUUUAAACGACGAGUUCUUGAUGAACCAAUUCAUGCUUCCUUAGAGGAGGUUUUCCCCAGAAUGCGGACACAACAUAAUCCUUGUCGAUCAAAAUUAACUGCUUCCUGGAAUGGGGAGCGUUUAAAUGCCAACACCAGUAAUCAUUGGGAUUUUUUCAUGAAGGACAGUCUCCCUAAGUCUUUGUCUUCAUCAAAAGUGUUAGAUGAACCUAUCCAUGCAUCAUUAGAUGAAGUAUUUCCUCAAAGAAGGCAGAGGCAAAAUACUAAAUGGAAUAGAAAUAGUCUUUCAUCAUUGAACUGCAAUGGCAGACGUUUCCCUAGUGCUGAGAAUAACUGGGAGGUUGUCGUUCAAGAAGGCAGCCCUAAUUUAUUUGGAUGUACCCAGAUGUUUCCUAGUGUUAAUGGCCUGAUCAAUCCGGAGAUACCACCACCAUUGCCUGCUAAACGGAAAACUAACCAAAGUUGUUUAGGAUCCUGCAAAUCUGGUUCCUUAUCACAUGAUGUUAUGAAAAACCUUGACCAGCUUAGAAAUUGUGGCUGGUAUUGGGGCCCCUUGACAUAUGAAGCAGCUAAGGCCCUGUUGGACACCAAACCAGACGGCUCUUUCCUCUUGCGUGAUAGUUCUGAUGACUGUUAUAUUCUAAGUUUAUCUUUUAAAUCCAAUGGGAAAGUAUACCACACAAGGAUGGAGCAUCACAAAGGUCUUUUCAGUUUUUCUUCCCAACCGGAAUCUCAUCAGAGGUGUAUGAUCAAGGACUUCAUGGAGCAGGCUAUGCAGAAUUCAGAGGAUGGGAAAUUUUUAUAUUUUUUACAGGCACCAGGCCCUGGAAUGCCACCAGUUCCCAUUCGUUUGCUAUAUCCUGUAUCUCGCUUCUCCUCCAUUUCCUCACUCAUGCAUCUGUGCCGCUUCUCCAUACUGGGCUUUGUACGUCGUGACCUUAUCGAUAAUUUACCGAUUCCCGAGAGCCUGAAGCUUUACUUAAAAGAAAGCCAGUAUUUUGUGGAAACUUUACAGUAAGUGGAAAGCACUUGAAACAACACAUAACAUAAACACAUGUACUUACUUGUACACAGAACAAAGGAAAUGGAAUGCAACUCAUAUUGCUGCUCACAAAGGAUCAACUGAGUUAAAUUUCAUUGCCUGACUCAACUCCCUCUCCAUACUCCCAUUUUUCCACACACACCCACACCCCCUUUCUCUUUAUAUAUAUAUGUAUAUAUAUAUAUAUAUAUAUAUGUGUGUAUGUAUAUAUAAAAAUAAAUAUAUAUAUACAUACAUGACUAGAAAUACCUUCGGUUAAUUAAUUGCUACACAGCUUAGCAUUAGACUAUUGUCCCUUUUGUGCGUGUGUGAGGUGAGUUUUUUUUUUGUUUUGCUUGUUUUUCUCAGUUAUUACUGAUUCUUGAAGACACAAAAUAAAUCAUUUUUAAAAAAAAUUAACCAGAGGUUGAAAAUUAAUAAUACUAAUGAUUGAUUUCUUUCAAUUUUUUCCUUUGUUCUUUUCUUCAUUUUCUUUUUUCUUUUUACACAUUAAACCUAAUGUCAUUGUUUGUAAAAAAAAAAAAAAAAAAAAAAAAAGGAAUGGUUUAGGUGAAUGAAUAUCAAUUUCAGUAUAUUACUGGUAUAUAAUGUUUUAUAUUUUUCUUCUCCCUCCUCUUCCUGUACUUCUCAUGGUGGAAGAUGGGGGACUGAAUUCAGAAAAGAUUAAGUUUAAGAACUUAAAGGGCAUAAAGAAUCUUGGCUGGUUUGCCACUUACUGUAUUAACAUGGCGAGGUGAGCUGCAGCAAAUGUUAAAGCAUCAAA